AAUCAAGGUAUGACGUACCUCCCAGUGCAUCCAUUAUUAAUUGGUGCACUCGCCACCGUGAUGCAGCCAUGUUUGAAGAUCUCACUAUACCAAAUAGUCUACUUCACCGCAAGGUCCGGAAUAUAGUUGAUCUUUUCAACACUGCCCCAGUCAAAUGCGUCCACACGCUCAUUUUUCUUAUAAACGCCCCGCCCUCCGUCAUUCGAUCACCUUCACGUCCCCCUUCACACCAACUCAAUGCUUAAUGACAAUCCCGCAAUGGACGAUCACAGACUUGACUUAUCGGGAGUCGUGGUGGAGGAAUCGUGCCAUACUGAUACUGAACAUCUGUUUGAUAUUACCGCUCUUAUCAUCGACGCUUAAUGGCUUUGAUUUAUCCAUGAUAAAUAAUCUUGCCCGGAUGGCAAGAGUACUUUCAUAAACCGCAGGGUAUGAAGACUCAUCAACUCCGCACAUAGCAUUGGCAUCCUCGGCGGAACUCCAUUUUCUCCUUACGUGUUUGACCUAUUAGGACGUCGAGCAGCUAUGUUCAUCGGGGCAGUCGUCAUGCUGGUUGGCGUUCUCGCGCAAGCCUCAUGCACGACCAUUCAAGUCUUGCUUGGUACUCGUGUGUUUAGAUACACAUUCAAAACGUCCAUUCAUAUACCUAUCCUCCAUUUCUCAGUCGGCUUAGGGAUGGCUUUUCCAUGAAUGCUACUCCCUUACUCAUCAGCGAACUUAGGUAUCCAAUGCAU